AUGGCCAACAACGUCUUUGCCGUGCCCGUCUUCCUCGUCGUCUUUCGCGAGGCUCUCGAGGCCGUCAUCAUCGUCUCCAUCCUCCUCGCCUUUCUCAAGAAGACCCUCGGCGGCCCAGGUGGCGAUGUCAAGGCUUACAAGAAACUGCGCAAGCAGGUCUGGCUCGGCAGCUUGAUUGGCUUCCUCAUCUGCAUGAUCGUCGCCAGCGCCAUCAUCGGCGUCUUCUACACCGUCGGCCGCUCCUCGUGGGCCCAAAACGGCCUCUACUACGAGGGCGCCUUUGCCCUCUUCGGCUCCAUCAUCAUCACCAUCAUGGGCGCCGCCCUCCUGCGCGUCACCAAGAUGCAGGACAAGUGGCGCGUCAAGCUCGCCAAGGCCGUCGACAACCCCCUCCGCCUCGGCGGCCGCAAGGGCAUCUUCAAGCGCUUCUUUGAAAAGUACGCCAUGUUCGUCUUGCCCUUUGUCACCGUCCUCCGCGAGGGCAUCGAGGCCGUCGUCUUUGUCGCCGGCGUCUCCUUUACUGCCCCGGCCACCGCCUUCCCGCUGCCCGUCUUUUGCGGUCUGCUCGUCGGCGGCAUCGUGGGGUACCUUCUCUACCGUGGUGGUGUCGGUGCCAAGCUCCAGCUCUUCCUCGUAAUCUCGACCUGCCUUCUCUACCUCGUCGCCGCCGGCCUUUUCUCUCGCGCCGUCUGGUCCUUUGAGAGCGCCAAGUGGAACAAGGUUGUCGGUGGUGACGCCGCCGAAGUAGGCAACGGCCCCGGCUCCUACGACAUUGACAACAGUGUUUGGCACGUCAACUGCUGCGGCCCUGAAGCGCCUGGCUCUGAGGCGUGGGGUAUCCUGAACGGUAUCUUUGGCUGGACCAAUUCGGCCACCUACGGUUCCGUCAUCUCCUACAACGUCUACUGGAUCUUCAUCAUCAUCGGCUUCCUCGUCCUGCGCUUCCAUGAGUCCACCGGUCGCUACCCUUUCAUGAAGGCCAAGGCCAAGACGGCCGACUCGGAUAGCGACGUCAACAGCUCCAGCGGCGGCAGCCACGGCGGCGUCGUUGAUACCAAGGCCCCCGUGCAGGAAAAGACCAGCAAUGUUACUGCUUCUCAGUAA